AUGGGAAAAGGAGUAUUAAUAUUUGUAUUAGCGGUGUUAACGACAGCAUUACUUAUAGGAAUUGGAGUCGAAAUACAGAAGUUCUCUCAAGACUCGGCUCUCAGUCUUGUUAAACAUGACAUAGUUGGAGGCUAUGACAAGCUAUAUGAUGAAUAUUUUCCGCGAUAUUACCACUCUUCUGGCCUCCUUUCUCUACCUUUUGAUGACAUCGUAGAGCCAUUCGAGGCAUGGUUCGCUGGAGAACGCAACAUGAGCAGAAUUGAUUAUUAUUACGGUACGUAAACUUAAACAUAACAAUUAAAAUGCAUCGCUUAACAUUAGAAAUUGCUUUAUAGUGACUGUGUUUGCUUGUUAGAUCUCUGGAAGCUACUUUUAAGUAAUCUCAAGUGGUUGUGAAGACCACUUGAGAUUCGUAGGUAUAUUUAUCAAUUUUAUUUUGUUUAGAGAGGUUCAAGCUUUCCUUCAAGGCUGAUUUUAUUUAAUGUUUAUUUUUUCCUGUAACAUUUUGGUAGCUGAGUUUAAACUGUGAUAUUUCAUUUAGAUAAAGUAGGUUUUGUAGUUACAGAGUAAAAUUAUUGGCACUGGGUUUUAUUUUCGCGGGUUCAAAUUGAACGAUUCAAGCGUUCUCAACUUUGUUUUAUUUUUCAAAAAGUAUGAAAUGUUUAGUUCUUAAAACUGGAACAAAGAAAACUCUUAAUUUAAAAAAAAAUUUCAACGUGAACCGGAAAUUUGCAAAUUAACCCGUUAAGUCCCAAGAGUGACCAAAGUCAAUUUUCUCCCAACAAAAUCAAUACACAAUCAAAGGAAAAUGUUGUGAGAAUCAAUAAAAUGAUCACCUGAUGGGAAAAGCUUUGAUCUGCCAUCAAAUUCUCUUAACCAAUUCUUGCAGGAAAUGUAUGGAGAUCAGUCUGGAGAGUUUGUAUUUGGAUACUGGGGCUUAAAGGGUUAACGCUGUAAGGUUGUCCUUUCUCAAGAGAAGAAACAAACUCGAACGUAUACCGAUAAAACCAGUCACAAAUAUAUGCAUUUGUCUAACCAUAUAUCCUAUAUAAGUUCUUGUUAUUUUUUGUGAUUGGAAUUCCCUAUAUGUGUAUUAAAUUUCGCGAGGUGUUUAUUCGCGUGUCUUUAAUUUCGCUAUUUAUUUACAAUCGAGAAAAACGCAAAAUUAAAGACCUGCAAAAUUAAGUACUAACAGGGUAGUUUCAAUCUGUGGCCAUACAUUUUCUUUAAUUACGCUGUGUGGGCGGUGAGAUGUGGAACAAAGUUAACACCUAGCCAAAACCUGUUUUAGGGUAAAAAUAGUUGUUUUUUUAAGGUUUCGCGUACUGUAUUUGAUAUGAUUUUAAUUUGCCUUUGAUUUUGAUAUUUAUAAUUAAACAAUAUCAAAUAAAUGCAAAGAAGAUCAUCUCGUCAGUUGCGUGUUUAAUCAAUUGCGAUGCUCUUCUUUGCAUUUAUUUCUUCAUUCCGCGGUUCAAAUAAAUGAACUUCAUAUAUUCAUGAUUUCAUCUUCAUCGUUCCUAGGAGGCUGAUAAGUGCAACCGCUGGUACCACAGAGGCCAGGGUUCCAAUACUAAGUUGCCUACACGGCGUAUGAUGAUCUUUGAUGCACUUAUUUCUUCAUUCCAUGUUUCAACAAAAUGAACUAUAUAAUUUCCCCAAUUUCGUUCCCAGGGUCUCUCUAAAAAGAAUGACCAUUGCUGGGAACUAGGCCCAGGAGAAUUGACGGGAUGUUGUUCAUUACCGUUCUUUGGAAACCUGCGUUUGUUAAUAUUAACAAGCUUAUAUCAAAGGAUCACCCUUCGGCGAUAUCGAAUAUAGAUAUAUUUUUUUCAUUACUCAGCUAUUGAAAGAUACAUUUUCAUUCUUUUUUUACAUUCAUUUAAUGAUUAUUGUUCAGGUAUGGACAAGACAAUUCAGCGUGGAGACCUGGGCAAAAACGGAAUCCUGUUUAAAAUUGUACCCAUGCAUUAUGAGAUGAAGCCCUCCAAUCAUAACGUCAUAAGUUGCUGGUAUAAACCGCUUCCAAAAUGGCUGCCGCGUGCAGGACAGAGUGUCAUACCAACAAACCUAUCCGAGUUUAAGGUUGGAAAAAAUGAUAUAGUAAUGCGGAAAAAGUAGCACAGUUUUCGACUUUGUCAAUAAUCCAAUACAUCCUUUUUUGGACUGAAGCGCUUCUAAAAUUUUCUAUCGUAAUAUCAACUUGGUGAAAUGACCUUCGAAGCGAAAAUAAUAUAAUAUAUAAUAUAAUAUAUGUCCUUGAAAGUCCUUGAAAAGUCCUUGAAUUUUUAGUCCAGAAAAGCAUACGAAUUUUGAAAUAUCAUUCACGAUCCAACAUUGAAAAAUUAAGGAAAGCCUAAGAGGAAGUUAUUUUUACAACUUUUAGAUGAGUUUGCUUUUUGAUGCUCAUUGUGACUGCGGUUUGCUUUCGAUGUUCUCAAGUCACUAUUUUCAUAUUGCACCCCCUCUCUUUUUCUAGUCCGCUGCGGUCGCCUAUAGCGGUGGCAGUAACUUUAAUUCUGGGGAUUGAUACAAAAUUUUCACAACGUGUUGUACACCCACCGGUUUUUGUAAAAACUCCUCUGGGAUGGCCAUGGUAUGUGUGUCGUAUGUAAAAAUAUAUAUUCAAAUUGCUUUUUUAUCCUUUCAGUUUGUUUCCGAAGAAAUGCACCGAGGAAUGCCUUGUCUGAAAUACGAGAGGAAAAUCAAAAAAUUUAACAAGAGCAACACGUACAGUUUUUAUAUUUCCAAAAUUAAACCACACAGGCCUCUUCGAUACGAGAUGGUUGGAUACGAUGAUAUGCUGACGUCACAUUAUGAUCGCUACAUCCUUGACUACGUUACUUUCGAGCCUUGGAAAUUUAACAGAUCUUUGUUCAAUUUACCUAAAAGUAGGUUUUCAUCAAAAAGUGAUGCUUAGUCUCUCAGUUUUAAUUACUGCACUAAAGUUUGUCCUUUUAUUGGUCCUGUCUCGGGGCAAGUCUGCUAGGUUAGUGACAAAUAAUCCAAUCAUUUCAGUUAAAUACAAAUCAUGAGCUGAUUUCAUUUGUCGUGUAUACAGUGUGCUUUGAGGUUCUAUAUUGAGGUAUGGCAAAAUGGGAAACAAAAAAACAUGCAACUUGUCUUGCAACGUUGCUGCAACUAUUAAACGAGUUGUGGCGCGUUUUACCACCCACGAAUCAAACCUUUGUUGCAACAAUCAGAGCUGAGUUGCUCAAAGCAUGGUUAGCUUUAACCAUUGGUUAAGCAGUAUCAAAACCAAUACCUUGUCAAGGUAUUAAACGCUGGUUAACGCUAACCAUGCUUCAAGCAACUAGGCCCAGGUUGUUAACAGGUUUGAACGAGGGUGGUAAAACGCGCCCAAUUGCUUUUCAACUCCUUUUUGCAACAAGUUGCAAAACAAUAGACGAGCGUUUUUGUUGUCCGUUUUGCCGAAGCUUUUAAUUAGACGGUUGCUAGUCUUGUGAACUGUUAUAAAUGUGCACAAUCAAAAGAAGAGGUCUCAGACUUUUGUUGUGCUUUUUUUAGUACUAAGAUUCAUUUACCAAUGAUGGUAAAGCCUGCUUAUUGAUCUUCUUUUGUAUUGAAAGUUCAUUUCUUCCGGUGUAUACUAGUAUGCUGUCUCGACAGUGGUCUCUAACAUAAUUGUUCUCGUUUUCAUUACAGACUCGAAAUGUGAAAAGAAAGCAAAGAAACUGCGGUCUCACUAUUUGGCGAACCCUAUGGCUGAAUACUUGCACUUUGGACAUCACAAAGAUCGUGAACUUGAAAGGUCCUACAAAGAAUACAGAACUAAACAUGCUAAAAAUUACGCUACUUCAAGAGAACAUGAACAACGGAAACACAUCUUCAAGCAUAAUCUGAGGUAAUUAUACAAACUUGGUAAUUAUCGCAUAGCCGCUCUUUAGUACGUUACUAAACCAGACCUCCCGUAAGAGCUGACAACAGAAUUAAUGAAUUAGACUUCAUCAGAAAAAAAAUACGCGAACGCACUCUUCGAAUUAAAAGGCAGAGAACCGGAGCUCAAAGAACGCAGACGGGAUUCUAGUCUCUCAUAUCCUUAGUGUACCCGCUCUUUCCCGUAGCAUCUUAUCCUACCCAGUCCCUUUCCGCUGGUUACCUCUGGUUAAGCUGAUUAUUCAUACUUGGCUCCGAUGCUUAAGAGCUUAAAACAGAACGAACACAUUUUGUUCAUCUCUGAACCUUUAUGUGAUGUCUUUUGUUUAAUUAUCCUAAGCCUUGGAGCCAAGUUGGAAUUUUACUAAACCGAAAUCGGUUCAGUAAAAAAUGUUCUUGUAUAAAUUUUCAGGGAAAGGUUGUCAGUUUUCAUCAACAUUAUACUAUUAUUGGUGGUUUGAAUCGCAGGUUCAUUCGUUCUAAGAACAGAGAAAAUUUGAAGUACAAACUAGCUCCAAAUAAUUUUGCUGACAUGACAGAAGAAGAAAUAGAUUUACACCGAGGACUUCUUCACGAUAAGAAAGAAAAAAAGAACCCCAAGUUAUCAGAAGUCCUGUCUUUUAACCAGUCAUUGUUGACAUCUGGCCUUGUUCCCGAUGAACUAGACUGGAGGGAUUAUGGUAAGCAUUUAUCUUCUCAUAUUCUCUAUUAAUUAGGAGUUAAUCAAGUUAGGCGAAACAAUCUUUAGGUACGCUGCAAGAAACGCCGUAAUUUCAAGUGGCGCUUUAUACAUACAUAUAGAGUGUUUUCACAUGACGUCACGGCGGCCAUAUUGGUGUCCCAAAACAAUGAAACGGCGGCCAUGUUGGUGUCCCAAACCAAUCCUUUGGGAGUUGAACUCUUUUCUUAUGCAAACGCUUUCUUUUGUUCCAAUAAAUUUGCAUAGAUACUGGCCACGUGAGUGAAAACACUCUAUAUACAUACAUACUUUAUUGUUACCUCCCUAAAGGGGCUUUUCAGGAACAAGGAAGGUGAAGUUGUAUGUAAAAUAUUAAAAUGAAAGUAAGGCAUGGAAAUAAAACACUUCAAUGAUUGUCUAGCUACUUGAAAUUACUUAUCGCUUUAUUUCGUGCUCGUUAUCAUUUCAUUUUUUUCUUUUUAUGUUUGUUGUUUUGUAAAAAAAUUCAAAUUUUAAGUUAUACUUUAUUAAAUAACGAUAAAGGUUGAACCGCUGUUAAUGAUCUCAAGGCAGUAAUUACGUUAAACUACAUAAUAAAUCUAUAUUUGCCCUGUUAUUUCCAGGUGCUGUAACGCGUGUCCAUAGUCAAGGCUUAUGUGGAUCAUGUUGGACUUUCUCUGCCGUGGGAGCCGUGGAAGGAGCCCAUUUCUUGAAGGUAAAACUGGUUUCGCUUGAUCCAUGGUAGUUAUAUCUUUCAGUUAACUAUUUUAAAUAGCCUGAGAAAACAGCUGACAUUGGCGACUCUACCAUUGGUUUCCUCGUUAAAUGACGUUAUGAGGAACGAGUGCAAAAAUUCUAUACUGAUGAUCCGUCACUACCCAGAUCUGGGUAGUGACGCGUCAUCAGUAUGGAUUUUUUUUGUUCAAUCCUCAGACGUCAUUUCGCAGGGAAACCAGAGGCAUUGUCGCAGAAUGUCGGCUUUUUCUUAGGCUAUAUUUUCAGCGGCUUCUCAUUCUCAUAAAAAGUAAAACCGACUGAAUUUAUCAAAAAAAUCCACCUUGGAUGAUUUCGCCUCCCACGCAGACGUUCUUAGGGGUUUGGGGCAGGAACGCGCAGCGAACCCCUAAGAACGUCUGUGUGGGAGGCUAUGGAUGAUUAGACCGUGCCUUCAUUCCUGAUAAGUGCUUCGUCCCGGUUUUGUAACUUUACCUACUCAUGCGCAUUUUCCAACUGACCUCUAACAGACUGGAGAACUCGUUGAGCUUUCGAAUCAGCAGCUGAUUGACUGCUCCUGGCCCGCAGGGAAUCGUGGAUGUCGCGGAGGAUUUCAGGAUAGAACACUAAAAUGGGUGAAACGCAAUGGCGUGGCAGUGAGGCGCGAUUAUGGACCUUACCUUGCACAAGUAAGCUUCUGUUAUUGUUUAGGACUUUUGCAAUUAUUUAAAGGCUGACAAUAUGUCAAUUCCUCACAGGACCCAAAUUCUCUUACGAUGCAUAAACAGAAGUCACUCUUUAUGAUCUGCCAGCCAAAAUUGCCAGUGGACUCUUAAUUUGAGGCAAAUAUGCACUCUGCCGUCCGUCUCAGUCUCUUUGAUUUACGGUAAAACGGGCAACGGAAACGUGCAACUUGUUUUGCAAAAUUUCGAGUUGAAAAGUGAUGUUGCCGGUUUUACUGCCAACGAGUCAACCUGUCUCGCUACAAAUCAGGUUGUUGCAGGAUGCGAAAUGUUGUUGCAAGAAGCAGAACGACUCUCUUCUUUCUGUAACAACUUUUUGCAACCUGCAAGAACCUGAAUUGUUGCCUGAUAGGUUGGUAAAGCGCCCAACAUCCCUUUUCAACUCGUUUUGCAGUAAUUUUGCCAAACAAGGUGCACGUUUUUGUUGCCCUUUUUCAACGAAGCUUUAUGGGUAAUCCAAUCCCUUAAAUCUCCAUAAAUUCCCUUAGUAAACGGCUUGCGAUAAAAAAAUUUAAAUUCCUCAAGUUGAAAGCAACGCAACAAUUUUGUCGUGUUUUUUUUUGUAGGAGGGCUUCUGUCAUUGUGGUCACUCCGAUAACUGUACUAUUGCUCACAUUAGCGGCUUCUCUAGUGUAAAGAAGAACAACUCGCAAGAGAUGAAACUCGCUCUAGUCACUCACGGUCCUAUAGCAUCAUCUGUAAACGCAGAUACAAAGACUUUCAGGUUUUACAGCCACGGAAUUUAUGACGACCCCAAAUGUGGUAAGAAAAUUAUUAUUGUUGUUUAGUUAAGGAAUCUGACGAAAACUUCGUAUCCUUAUAUUGUUACCACAAGUACCCACAACCAAAACUCGUUCAUCCUGCUGAUGAACGGUUCGGUACUCGAUAGUUAGAUAUUUGCAUGAGCAACAAUCUUCUAUGGUUUGUCCCCUUUAAUCUUACCUUGCGCGUUUGUGAGUAGGAUUAUGAAUUACAGUCGAACCCCACUUUACGGACACCAGCUCAAUACAGACGCCUCAUUAUCACGGACAGUUUCCUUUGUCCCUGGGGAAGGAAAGCCCUCACAUUUUCUUUAAAUUCAACCCGCUUAAUACGGACACCUUUAAGGCGGACAACGGACACUUUUUUAUGUCCAGUGUAAACAGAUUCUCAUAUAAAGUCAACCUCGCUAAUGCGGACACUUCAUUGUCCACUGUGUGCUGUAAUUGAAACCUUUCUUUUUUGAAGGUACAAACCCUUCAGUUGACAUAAUGACAAUGUUCCCAGCGCUAUUGUACACCAGAUAGAAUGAAUUGUGGACGACAAUUUUGGACUAUUUUGACAUCAAUCGAGUUUUCCAGAGAACGGUUUUUAAUUACGUAAUGUAUAAUGAGCGACUUUGUCUAGACUUUUGAGUGUUUUCAUUACAUAAUCCGAGGAAUGACGGUUUGGUGAAGUUUAGAGAUGUUUAGUUUGACGAUGCUAGUGUCCUGUUUUAUUUUUGUAGUAUUUUGAUCAAAUAUAAAUGGUGCAUUUUAACAUUGUCCGCUUAACACGGACAUCCCAUUGAUAUGAACACUUUCUAUGGCCCCUUCAAUAUACACCACGACAAAGUGCACUGGAAUAUGAGGAAACUGAGUGUAUUUUGUUGGUUUUACAGGCAAAAAGACAAACCACGCUAUACUGACUGUGGGAUAUGGCUCUUAUAAUAAGAUACCGUACUGGGUCAUCAAAAACUCGUGGGGACACCUGUGGGGAGAUGAUGGCUAUAUCAAGAUAACCAUGAAGGAUGACAGAUGUGGGUUGCUUAACGGGCCAUUACUGGCUGUAAGAAAGGAUUGGGCGAUGACUGAGUGCCCAUUGAAGACUCUAAAAAAGGUUCAACGACAAAAAGUCAAGUCUUUUUCUGAGGAGGAACUUACUAUUUUGCCUUUUUAAGACGGUC